AUGUCAGAAAAUGACCAACUCAUACAGAGCUUUGUAGCGGUGACUAGUGCACCCAAAUCCGUUGCAGAGCAGUUCUUAGAGAAGAACAAUGGCGAUCUCACCCAGGCAAUUGAGGAUUUCUACGCCUCCAAUGAAGAAGGCUCGUUCGAACCUACUGCUAGACAUGAAGCAGAGAAACGGGCUCUGGGUCAGAAAGCACGUUCCAAGCCAUCAGGAUUCCGUACUUUGAGAGACCUCAACGAAGACUCGGACGAUCCCGAGAACACAGACACCAAUUUCUUCACUGGUGGCGAAAAGUCAGCGUUGCAAGUGGAGAACCCUGAUAAAGACAAGAACGAGGGUCACCAGCCUUCUCUUAUUGAGCGAAUCUUUCAAAAGGCGCAAGAGCAAAUGGAUGAGCCCGAUGACCGGCCAUCGGCACAAAUGGAGCAGCAACAGCCGUCCAACUUCGCUGGCGCUGGAUUCAAGCUUGGUGAUUCGGAGCAGCCCCUGGAGGUAGUCGAAGACCCAUUUUCUAACGCAAGGAAUAGACCAGCAAAGGUGAACAGAGAGAUUGUGUUUUGGAGACAGGGCUUCACUGUGGGAGAUGGGCCUCUCAAGAGAUACGACGAUCCAGAGAACCAACUUCUCUUACAAGAAUUGAAGCGUGGCCGCGUGCCUGUGUCUUUGUUGGGAGUCGAGUUUGGCCAGGAUGUCGACGUCUCGGUGCUCAAGAAAACAGAUGAGGAUUAUGUUCCUCCUAAGCGCAAGUUGGGUGGAUUCCAUGGCCUGGGCCAGCGUUUGGGCUCACCAGUACCAGGAGAGAGCUCUGGAGCUUCUACUCCCGUUGCUGAGCCUAAACCCGAAGAAAAGAAGGAGCCUGUGAAGCCUCAAGAUCAGGGCACAGGUGACUCUUUGGUGCAGAUUCGGUUUGCAAGCGGUAAGAAGGUGGCACACAAGUUCAAUUCCACGGAUUCCAUUGGCACUGUCUAUGACUUUGUCAGAAAUCAUGAAUACAACAGCGAUUCGCUGAGAUCGUUUGUUUUGUCGCAUGCUUUCCCAGUGAAACCCAUUGAGGAGUCUCUGGGGGUGACUGUCGAGGAGGCGAAGUUGAAGAAUGCUGUGAUUGUACAAAGAUGGGCUUGA